CUCGGAACCACAACAACAUCGGCGGCGGCGAGGACGGACGGGGACAACACGCGAGCUAAGGAAAAAAAACGUUCAAAAUAGAACAGUAUGGAAGUUAUAUCUGCAGAAGGCUUUCGACAAGAUGGUCGAACACCAACAUGUCUGAGAACUAUUAGUUGCAGAUUAGGACUUUACGACAGACCCAAUGGAAGCGCUUACAUAGAAAUGGGAAACACUAAAGUUCUUGCUGCUGUGUAUGGCCCUAGAGAGGUUCGCAGUUUGGGUAAACAGCAGUUUGAUGAAUGUAUAAUUCAGUGCCAGAUGAGUCGCAUUGCAGCUUCCCAGGGAGAGCGCCUAAAACGACCAACUGACCAGAGAACUCGAGCAAUGAGCCAACAAAUUGCAGGUGUAUUUCAUGCAGCCAUAAGGAAGAGCAAAUACCCAGGUUCUCAGAUUGACAUAUAUCUCCAGGUCUUACAAGCAGAUGGAGGAGUAAUGUCAGCCUGUAUCAAUGCAUCCACACUGGCCCUCAUCCACGCGGGAGUAGAAGUAGUGGAUUACGUAGUGUCCUGCACAGCCUCCAUGAACAAGCAGACACCUAUUCUCGAUGUUACAAACCAGGAGACCAAUACUGGCUGUGAGCUGACAACCGCCAUCCUGCCUAACAAGGGCUCGAUUGUCUUUUUGGACACGGCUCACACUGUCCACCGAGACCAGUUCGAUGAGGUGAUGGAUCUGGCCAUGGCAGGGUGCCAGCAGGUGUAUGAGGCAAUGCACAGAGAGGUGGAGAGCUACCUGGAGGACAAACAUGCAAUCAUGUCACAUAGAUAGGGCAGUGAUAUCCUUUUUUUUAAUUAUGAUUUUUUUUUUUAAUGGAAAUUAGUUUGCUAUCUCUUUGUCUCUCUCUGUUCUCUGCUCCUGUACUUCUUUCUAAUGAAAUGUAUUGAAGGCAAAAA